AUUUCGCCACAAUGACUGUUGUGUUGAUCUUCCCUUCGCGUUGAGUUGCGACUUCACAGUGCUUCAGCUGGUACACGGCUUCCUCCCGAGCAGUGAGCAUGAGUGGAAAACUCGGACUAUCCAACGGGGUUUUCAACCAGGUGUUUUCGGUUUGCGCCGUUAAUCUGAUAAAUUUUGCUCAUGGCGCUACACUCGGAUGGUUGUCGCCCUUCCUCCCAUUGCUUCAGUCGGAAGAUUCACCUUUGGACACUGGACCCGUUACGGUGGAGCAAGCCUCGUGGAUUGGAUCAAUUCUUUGUUUGGGGGGCAUUGCUGGUGCCACUAUUUACGGAAGUCUCACCACCAGACUCGGUGUGAAGCGAUGCAUAUCGUGUAUAAUAAUUCCGAAUAUAAGCUUUUGGGUGAUUGUCUAUUUCGGGACAUCAGUAUAUCAUCUAUACAUCGCACGAUUUGUGGCAGGCAUUACGGGUGGAGGUAUUUUAGUGACUUUUCCACUUUUCAUAGCAGAUAUUUCCGAUAGCAGAAUUCGUGGAAUACUUGGCUCGUGUCUGGCAUUUUCUGGGAACACAGGAAUUCUGGUGAUCUACAUAGUUGGUGAUUUUCUGUCUUACAGAACAGUUCCAGUGGUCAUGUUGAUUGCACCCAUACUGUUUGGAAUCAUGAUGUGCUUAAUUCCGGAAACUCCUCAUUCUCUGCUCAGGAAACGGAAAAUCGAAGAGGCUGAGAGAUCCUUAAAAUUCUUCAAAGGAGUAAACUCCAAGACAAAAGAUACAACCAAUUUUCAACGCGAUUUCGAAGCACUACAAAUUUUUGUUCGGAACAGUAGUUCCGAAAAUGUAAAACUUCAAUUGAGCGAUUUCACAUCACCGCAAGCCAGAAAAGGAAUAUUCAUAGGAAUUUUCUUAAUGUUUUUGAACCAAUUUUGUGGCGUUUUUGCCAUUCUCACCUAUGCAGUGUCAAUCUUCCAAGAAUCCGGCUCCGACAUAGAUCCCGGAUCGUCAGCCAUAACCAUUGCAGCGAUACAGAUUUUCGGCACGGUUGCUUCUUUCAUUUUUAUCGACAUGACGGGAAGAAAAAUUCUGCUGCUGGUUUCUACCUUUGGUACGGGUUUGGGGAUUAGCUGUCUGGGGACAUUUGCGUGGUUGAAGGAGCAACAAUUCGAUUUAACAGGAUUUGGUUGGAUUCCAAUCGUCAGUCUUUCGGUUACGGUAUUUCUUUUCUGUGUUGGAUUGUGUAGCAUACCGUUUUUCGUAUUACCCGAAAUUCUCCCAGCAAAGAUAUGCAACGCGGGAAACACUAUUAGCAUGCUUUCAAUCACCAUUUUUUCCUUUGUAGUUCUCAAGAUUCUACCAAUAAUGCUAGAGGAGAUCAAACUUUACGGUGCAUCUGCGGUAUUUGCUUGUACGUGCUUCAUAGGCGUUGUUGUCAUUGCCAUUAUCAUUCCGGAAACAAAAGGAAAAAAUCUUAUAGAGGCUGAGAACGUGUGACUGGAGUGCUGUUGUGAAGCAUAUGUGAUCUCUCAUUAAUCUCUCGAAAUGAGAAUCUUUUUUUUUUAUUUCUUUAUUAAAGAGGCUUGCAGCCCUAGGCUGGCUCACUUCUAAAAAAUGAGAAUCUAAUUUGAUAGUUGCGCAGGAACGUUACCACAUGAAAAAAUCGUUGGAAAAAAUUGCCAUCCUCUCUUAUUUGUGUAUGAACAAUCUGUAUGUUAAUAAAUCCGCGUGAAAUUCA